AUGGCUCGACUCAACCCAACGAGCCCCGUCAAACAAGGCGGUACGCGCGAGAAUGCGACCAAAUCGGUCCGAAAGCUGAAGUCCAACACCAACUCAGUCUUUUCGAGCAAGUUCAGAGACACGUCGCCCACACCCAAGGUGGGAGAACACUCGGGGACGUUAUUCGACGAACCGGAGUUUAAACGGCCGACUGCGAGAACAACGACGACAAACGAUAAGCCUGUUCAUCGACAGAGGAAGCUGCAACGGAGCGGAACUGUAUCCAGCGGAACGUUUAAUAUCUUUUCCGAUAGUGAUGGACUGAGUGACCGCGACGACGUCUCCUUUGCAUCGACUAUGCGCUCCUCGACUACCCGCUCUUCGACCGAAGGACGUCCCAGUGAUCCGUUGCAGCUGGCACGUGCUAACUCGCUGCUGAUGCCGCAGUCGAGGCACUCUAGGAGCCGGUCAACGAGGAAGUCCGAGCUCUAUGAUUACACUAAGGAGAAUUACCCCGUGGAGGAGGUUGUGGAGGAUUACUCCACCACCUCUUCUAUCAGUCGGAAUCCCUCUGAUGCGUCCUCGACACGACGGUCUCCUACCAGGAGGGAGCCGCGGCAGACGGAUAGUAGAAGACAAAAUGACCGGCAGUUUCGGGAUUAUCGCCAGCCGGCAAAUCGGUCCGAGGACGAGGAGAGUGAUGAUGGAUUCAACUCUCUGGAUGACUUCAUUGUCAGUGAUAGCGAAGAGCCUAGCCACCACGACGCAACUGUGGGCGAGUCGGAACCAGAAGAGACUAAGAGGGCACCGUCGCCGCCUAGAGUCAAAAGGAGAUUGGUUCGUGGCAGAAGGCCGAACCCUGAGGAACAGAUUAAGAGGGCCUUGGAGAGCUCCGCACAUACAAACCUUCGCCUAGAGCCCUCUUUACCAGCUGCUGUUUCGAUGCCCUCCUCUGACCCCCAGGCCAGCCCCAGAAAGCUAUUCCGUAAUACCUCUCACAUCGAUGAGAAGAUGAACUGUCUGGAUCUGGAGGACGAGGAUGCUGGUGUUGACGAUGAUGAGGUCGAUCACGACGCUGCUGAUGAAGCUGCUGCUGAUGAAGUGGACACUGAUGAAUAUGACCCGUCCGCUCAACUCCAACAAGAUUUGGAUAAUUUUCUAGGACGAUUCGAGCCCCGCUCCAAAAGCUCAGAGAUCGAAACAGUGAAUUUGGAAACACCGUCUGCCAGCCCCUCUAAAAGCACUCUCAAGUCACCUUCCAAAGGCAAAGCCCAUAUUCCACCCACACCUUAUCGUGAGAGCGUAGACGCCUUCUGGUCUCAGGAAGCUACAAACAAUUGGAUCGAUCAGCAUUCACCGCGCAAAUUACAGAACUUGCUGCAGGAACUCGAGGAGUCCGACAACGACGUUGACCCCGAGAUCAUGCCUAGAACCAAAGCAAUAAAGAAGACGGCCAAGCCUCCUAGCAAGACGGCCCUGAAGAAGGCCGAAACAGAAAAGAAGAGAGCCGCCCUUGAGCGCAAGAAGUCAUUUGAUAACAAGAAGGCCGCUGUCGCAGAAGACUUCUUCAAGGUUUUAGAUGACCACGUUACUGGUGGCCGUAUCCAAGAAAUAGCCGAGGAAACGGGUGGUGUUCAGAUCAUCUGGAGCAAGACACUCCAGACAACCGCUGGACGGGCGAACUGGAAGCGAGAGAAGCUGCGAACGGAGGGUACGCUUGGGACGGAGCCCCAGACACCUGGAGGAUCUCUGUCCAAACACCAUGCUAGCAUCGAACUGGCUGAGCGGAUUAUAGAUGACGAGGAUCGCUUGCUGAACACGCUAGCUCACGAGUACUGCCACCUGGCCAACUUUAUCAUCUCCAACGUCCACAAUAAUCCCCAUGGAGCAAGUUUUAAACAAUGGGGGCUGAAGUGCAAAGAAGCCCUGAAGGACCACCCUGUUUAUGGCGGACGCUUCGAAGUAACGACCAAGCACAGCUACAAGAUCGACUACAAGUACGUAUGGAGCUGUGUGGACUGCGGCCAGACAUACGGACGUCAUUCAAAGAGCAUCGAUACUACCAAGUCUCGAUGUGGAAAAUGCAGAGGUUUGCUCCAGCAGAUCAAGCCAAAGCCACGGAACGUGUCACCCCGAAAGAAGCAACCCCUUGGGGAUGCCGAGAAAGUGGCCGUCGAUGAGGUUGCCAACGUACUAGGGGAGAUCAACUUGGGUAACUAA